CGCUCAGCCAGGGUGAGGAUGGGCUGGACUGACGGACGAAAGUGAGUUUGACCUUGCUUGUCAGGCUGAUUGGUUGAUGGACUGCCCUGGACUGGCUCACCAAGACUGACCAGGCCGGGCCCAAGCAGUUCUGGCGUUCCCAACCUGGGUUGGAAGGUCUGAACUGAUGGCCCACCCGGGCUGAGCCCACCUCACUGACCUCCUGACCCCUGACCUCAUCACCUGUACAGCCAUGGAGAAGAUGUCCCGUGUAACCACAGCCCUGGGUGGCGGUGUGCUGACAGGCCGCACCAUGCACUGCCACUUGGACGCUCCUGCCAAUGCCAUCAGCGUGUGCCGUGACGCGGCCCAGGUGGUCGUGGCAGGCCGCAGCAUCUUCAAGAUCUAUGCCAUCGAGGAGGAACAGUUCGUGGAGAAGCUGAACCUGCGUGUGGGGCGCAAGCCUUCACUUAACCUGAGCUGCGCCGACGUGGUCUGGCACCAGAUGGAUGAGAACCUGCUGGCCACAGCAGCCACCAAUGGCGUGGUGGUGACGUGGAACCUGGGCCGGCCAUCCCGCAACAAGCAGGACCAGCUGUUCACAGAGCACAAGCGCACGGUGAACAAAGUCUGCUUCCACCCCACCGAAGCCCACGUGCUGCUCAGUGGCUCCCAGGAUGGCUUCAUGAAGUGCUUUGACCUCCGCAGAAAGGAUUCUGUCAGUACCUUCUCGGGCCAGUCCGAGAGCGUGCGGGACGUCCAGUUCAGUAUCCGGGACUACUUCACCUUCGCCUCCACCUUCGAGAACGGUAACGUGCAGCUCUGGGACAUCCGGCGCCCCGACCGGUGUGAGAGAAUGUUCACGGCCCACAACGGCCCUGUCUUCUGCUGCGACUGGCAUCCCGAGGAUAGGGGCUGGUUGGCCACAGGAGGGCGCGACAAGAUGGUGAAGGUCUGGGACAUGACCACGCACCGUGCCAAGGAGAUGCACUGUGUGCAGACCAUCGCGUCAGUGGCCCGUGUUAAGUGGCGGCCAGAGUGCCGCCACCACCUGGCCACAUGCUCCAUGAUGGUCGACCACAACAUCUACGUUUGGGACGUGCGCCGGCCCUUCGUGCCAGCUGCCAUGUUUGAGGAGCACCGAGACGUCACCACGGGCAUCGCCUGGCGCCACCCGCACGACCCCUCCUUCCUGCUGUCCGGCUCCAAGGACAGCUCACUGUGCCAGCACCUGUUCCGUGACGCCAGCCAGCCCGUGGAGCGCGCCAACCCUGAGGGCCUCUGCUACGGCCUCUUUGGGGACCUGGCCUUUGCCGCCAAGGAGAGCCUCGUGGCUGCCGAGUCGGGGCGCAAGCCCUACACUGGUGACCGGCGCCACCCCAUCUUCUUUAAGCGCAAGCUGGACCCUGCUGAGCCCUUCGCAGGCCUUGCCUCCAGUGCCCUCAGCGUCUUUGAGACGGAGCCGGGUGGUGGCGCCAUGCGCUGGUUUGUGGACACAGCUGAGCGUUACGCACUGGCCGGCCGGCCGCUGGCCGAGCUGUGUGACCACAACGCAAAGGUGGCUCGGGAGCUCGGCCGUGACCAGGUGGCACAGACAUGGACCAUGCUGCGGACCAUCUACUGCAGCCCGGGCCUGCUGCCUACCGCAAACCUCAGCCACAGCAUGGGCAAGGGUGGCUCCUGUGGCCUGCAGCUCAUGAACAGUUUCAACCUGAAAGAUAUGGCCCCAGGUUUGGGCAGUGAGACCCGGCUGGACCGCAGCAAAGGAGACGCACGGAGCGACACGGUUCUGCUUGACUCCUCGGCCACACUCAUCACCAAUGAGGAUAAUGAGGAAACCGAGGGCAGCGACGUACCUGCUGACUACCUCCUGGGUGACGUGGAGGGCGAGGAUGACGAGCUGUACCUGCUGGACCCAGAACACACUCACCCCGAGGAGCCCGAGUGCGUGCUGCCGCAGGAGGCCUUUCCACUGCGCCACGAGAUUGUGGACACACCUCCCGGGCCCGAGCACCUGCAGGACAAGGCCGACUCCCCGCAUGUGAGCGGCAGCGAGGCGGAUGUGGCCUCCCUGGCUCCCGUGGACUCCUCCUUCUCGCUCCUGUCUGUCUCACACGCGCUGUACGACAGCCGCCUACCGCCCGACUUCUUCAGCAUGCUGGUGCGGGACAUGCUGCACUUCUAUGCUGAGCAGGGCGACGUGCAGAUGGCUGUGUCUGUGCUCAUCGUCCUGGGUGAACGGGUGCGCAAGGACAUCGACGAGCAGACCCAGGAGCACUGGUACACCUCCUACAUCGACCUGCUGCAGCGCUUCCGCCUGUGGAACGUGUCCAACGAGGUGGUCAAGCUGAGCACGAGCCGAGCCGUCAGCUGCCUCAACCAGGCCUCCACCACCCUGCAUGUCAACUGCAGCCACUGCAAACGGCCCAUGAGCAGCCGGGGCUGGGUCUGCGACAGGUGCCACCGCUGCGCCAGCAUGUGCGCCGUCUGCCACCACGUUGUCAAGGGCCUGUUCGUGUGGUGCCAGGGCUGCAGCCACGGCGGCCACCUGCAGCACAUCAUGAAGUGGCUGGAAGGCAGCUCCCACUGCCCCGCGGGCUGCGGCCACCUCUGCGAGUACUCCUGAGCGUUUGCUAGGCUCUGGGGACCUGACCGCCCGGCCGGCCACGUGCAAAACCCCGCCUGGUCUUGGGCCCCAGACGGGCAGAGGCUGGAACUUGAAACCCCAAUAAAGGAAGUGGAAUCGC